GUUCCUUCGAAUUUUCACCCAGUACCUCACACACUCAGACUAGACGGCGAAUUCGGCUACUGCUACAGAUAAGCUCUGGUGCUCAAGCUCUGCACGCCAUCCCUACAUCCUCGGAUCUCUCUCGUCCGCCGCCGCCACCGCGCCCAUGGAUGUCGUGGGCGCAGCGUCCUGGCUAGUCCAGGUCGUCCUGGAGAAGCUCGUCAGCGACGGCAUCGACGCCGCUUGGGCCGUCGCGCGCUCCGCCGGCCCCGAUCCGGAUCCCGGAGGCGACGUCCACCGCCUCCGCUCCCGCCUGCAAAGCCUCCAUCUCGUCCUCUCCGCGGCUCAGGAGCGCGUGCCCAGGGCGCGCAGCGAGGCCCUGCUCGGCUCCCUCCGCCGUCUCCAUCGACUCGCCUGCGACGCAGACAACCUGCUCGACGAAAUGCUCUACCACCAGAUCCACCACCAGCUCCAUCCGGACGAGGCUAGUGACACUUCCUCCUCGCUGUCCGCCGUCCAGUCGGUGGUCUCCAAGAUUCGUGGCGCUAAGAGGGCGCGACUUGGUGGAGAUGAGGAUGCUACCGUCCGAAUUGAUGACAUCUUGAGGCGGAUGUGUGAAGCUGGAGACGAUGUCCGUGAGGCAAUCAAGAUGGAGAGGUUGGACGCUGUUGUCACUUGCAGUGGCCAGGCUGCUGGUAUGGAUUGCCGUGGCUGGACAACAGCUUACGUUACCGAGCCAAAGAUAUUUGGGAGAGACGCUGUAAAGGAGCACAUUGUGCAGACGCUCGUCAGCGCUGAGGCUUGUGGUGUCAACUUGUCAGUCCUUCCAAUUGUGGGUAAUGGCGGUGUUGGGAAAACUACUCUAGCGCAGCUCGUUUAUAGCGAUGCAAGAGUGCAAGGUUGCUUCAGCAAGCGGAUAUGGAUCUCGGUGUCUGCCGACUUUGAUGAAGUAAGGCUCACUCGUGAGAUGCUGGACUGCCUAUCAACUGGUGCAAGCAAGCAUGAAGGAAUCACAAACCUGAAUAAACUCCAAGAGAUUCUUGACGAGGAUUUGAAGUCGAAACGACUACUCCUUGUUUUGGAUGAUAUGUGGGAAGACAAUGAUAAAAGCCGCUGGGACAAGCUGUUAGCACCACUAAGAUGUUCGAUGAAUGGCAAUGUCAUCCUGGUCACAACAAGAAAUCAUUCGGUUGUAAAAAUGAUUUCUACUAUGGACCCUAUCCAUUUAGAUGGCCUGAAAGAUGAUGACUUUUGGCUUAUGUUCAAAUCAUGUGCAUUUGGUGAUGAGAAAUAUGAAGGACAUCCAAGCUUACAGGUUAUUGGGAAGAGGAUAGCCAACAAGUUGAAGGGUUACCCCUUAGCUGCAAAAAGUGUUGGCGCCCUGUUGAGAAGAGACCUUGAUGGUGGCCACUGGAUGUCAAUUUUGCAAAGUGAUGAAUGGAAGCUACAGCAAGGGCCGGAUGAUAUCAUCCCAGCAUUGAAACUUAGUUUCACACACUUGCCUUUCCGUCUCCAAAGGUGUUUUUCUUAUUGUGCACUAUUUCCCAAGGGUCACAUGUUUGAUGGGCUGGACUUGGUUCGCAUUUGGAUAUCACAAGGUCUUAUUUCUUCUGGAAGUAAGCGAAUGGAGAAAACUGGUUAUCAUUACCUGAAUGAUUUAGUGGACCGAGGCUUUUUCCAAAAAAGUACAUACUACUCUAUGCAUGAUCUCAUUCAUGACCUGGCACAUAUAGUUUCUUUAGAAGAAUGCCAUAUGAUGGACAAUUUUGAUUCAGGAAGUGGAACAGGUCAUGCAACUAUUCGACACCUAUCUAUCAAUACAAGAUCUGCCUAUAAGUGGAACCCACAUGCGUGCAGUUUUUCUCCCAGUGAUAACUUUCAGAGAAAGCUGGCUUACAUUGGUGAAAAAGUGCAGACCAAAAAUUUGAGCACCUUAAUGCUAUUUGGAAAGUAUGACAAAGAGUUUUCUGAAACUUUUUCCAAGGUAUUCAAAGAAGUGCGGUAUCUUCGCGUAUUGAGGUUGCCCACGCUAAGUUAUAGCAUAGACUCUCUAAUCUGUAACUUCAGCAAGUUAAUCCAUCUUCGCUACCUCGAACUAAUAUCCAGUGUUCCUGGCACACCCUUGCCAGAGGUUAUAUGCCAACUUUAUCACCUCCAGGUUCUUGAUGUAGAAUACUGGGUGCACCUUUCUACUUUACCACAUGGGAUGAGUAAUCUUGUAAAUCUGAGGCAUUUUGUUGCUCGAGGUGAAUUGCAUGCAAAGAUUGCUGGAGUUGGGAGGCUAAAGUUGCUCCAAGAGCUGAAGGAAUUCCGAGUGGGAAAGACUAAAGACUUUCAGAUUGAACAGUUAACCGGGUUAAGAGAAUUGGGAGGAUCACUUGCAAUUUACAAUCUGGAGAAUGUGGGAAGCAGGGAGGAGUCUAUGAAUGCUGGAUUAAGGGACAAAAUAUACAUCCAUGAUUUGCUGCUAUCAUGGUGUAAGAACCGGUUUGAUGUGAGUUCUAUAACUGAGGCAAAGGUGCUUGAGGGUCUUCAUCCACAUUGCGGGCUUAAGCGCCUUCAUAUAACUAGUUAUGGAGGUAUUUAUUCCCCAACAUGGUUGAGCUCCAAUUUUCCGCUCACCAGCUUAGAGUCUAUCUAUCUGGAGAAUUGCACAAAAUGGGAGUUACUUCCGCCAUUUGGGCAAUUUCCACUCCUUAAAACACUGGAUUUGGUUCAAUUGUCUGCUUCAACAGAAGUACCAAUUAUGUCCUGCGAAGAUUGGGCUGAAUCUGAAAAGCAUGUCCUUUUUCCAUGUCUAGAAGAACUUGUAAUAAGAGAUUGCCCUAAACUAAGGUCAUUUGCAUCACCACAAUCUUCUUCCAGUGGCAAAGGCUUUCACUUCGGCUGUCUCCGUCGUGUCAACAUCUACAAUUGUCCUCAGCUUAUUCACUUACCCCAGUUUGGUGAGAUGAAAUCUCUAUUCACAAUGUCUAUUGAGGGAGUAGGAGCAUUUCCUCACAUCAGAUUACUUGUGCGAGCAUUGCAUAUCAAGGGGGGUGCUAGUGUGAGAACCUUGGAUGAGAUAUUAGUAUUAGUUUUGACUGGCUGCAGACUCAGUGCUCUUGAGAAAUUAACAAUUUCGAGCUUUCUGGAUUUUGAAUAUCUGCCAUGGGAAAUUUUCUGUCAGCUUCUCUCCUUAGAAAUGCUGGUAAUUAUGGACUGCCCAAGGUUUUUCCUGCCUGUAUAUCCAUAUGGCCAACGAGGUGAAACUAUCUUCUCACCAUUGCUCAAGAAGCUUGUCAUCCAAGCAUGUGGUAUCACUGGGAAGCAGUUAUCUGACUUGCUGUUGCAAUUGCCCCUCCUUUAUUUCUUGACUAUUAGAAAGUGUCCAAAAAUAGCAUCCUUGGCAAUUGGUGGUCUGAUUGCUGGGAAUGUGAGCUCCAUAACAUCUGACAACCACGACUGGACAACUGAUGGCUUGUUGCAAAUCCCAUCUGAUCUCUUAAAUCGACUUCAGUAUUUGUGCAUAGAGGACAUUCCAGAUCUGGUUCUCCGGGGCAGUGAAAGUUUUCUUGGAUUUGUGUCACUCAAAACACUACAUAUAACAGGAUGCCCUGAGUUUUUCAUCUCCAUAAUGACAGAAAAGGAGAAAUCUAGUGGCAGCUGCCCCCUUCUACCACCAUCGCUACAAGACCUUCUGGUUACUCACAUGGAUAACAAGUUGCUGACCUCCAUGCUUUCUAAUCUCACCUUGUUGUCCAUCUUGUCGGUAUCACGGAGUCCAGAGCUAACAUCCGUUGCUCUUUAUCCUUGCACAUCUUUAGAAACAUUGAUUGUCGAGAAAUGUUCUAGGUUAUCUGCUCUGGACGGUACGGGGUCCCUCUGCAGUAUCAAGCACAUGCGGAUAUUUGAAUGCCCUAGUUUGGCCAUAAACUGCAGCCCUUCUUCAUCACAUGGGCAGGACCAGGAUCUGUACUUUUUACUGCAUCUGGAAAAGCUUGAGAUCGAUAACACUUCAUUCUUUAACACGGCAAUUUGCAAGAGCCUCCCCUCUCUCCAAUAUGUAGUGUUUUUCAUGGCAAAGAAUGUGAGAUGCUUCACAGAAGAACAGGACAAAGCACUUUGUCACCUAACAUCUCUUCAUACUCUUGAUUUUUGCUAUUGCACUGAUCUCCUAUCGCUGCCUAAGGAGCUGCAUCUUCUUUCCUCCGUCAAGAGAUUAUCGAUUAAGGCUUGUCCAGGAAUUCUCUCAUUGCCAGAAAAGGGCCUGCCAGCUUCCCUACAGGAGUUGUAUGUGAGCAACUGCAGUACAGAACUAAAGGAACAAUGCAGGAAGACGAAAAACGUUAGAUGUGUUUAUGUUGAUAGACAUGCAGGCAAAUUCAUAAGUAUAUGCAAGAUGUUACGGCUGUAUUUUAGGAACCAGAAAAGAUGAGGGUCCAUUCUGAUGGAAAUUACAAUUUUUCGAGCUACUAAAUCCAUGUGGUGAUUUGUUGUUUGUUUCAUGCAAGUGGCAGAAACAUCUCUCUGAUGAAAGUCCGGAAGUGAAGGUGGUUUCGUGAGGACCCUGUCCAGAUUCGGAAAUACUCAUGGGAGGCCUGCAUCAGGCUUCUAAAAGAUUUCUCUUCUGGAGGUAGUGAUUUUUGGUUGGUUGGCUUGCAGGCCACCAUAUCAGGCUAAAAGGGAACCAGAAACCUGCUUUCUCAUAGCAGACAGGGUUCUAAUCAGCAUCUAUUUCUGUUGCCCAUGUCCGCCAGACGAUGAGGCGUUGCAAAGGUUAAAUUCUUUCCCUGCGUGCACACGGGUAGGUGGUCACCAAACUAGACUGUUUCCUUGAGAAUCCCAAGCUAGGUUAUUGGAGAUGUCACCAAGUCAUGAUCCAGAGCUAAGUAUAGAUAGUGUCGGUUGUGGAAAUUGCACUGAAGAAAAAAAAUGCAAGGGAAGUAAUCUUAGAGUUACUGAUGAGUUGGGCAUGUCCAUAGCAGAGAAAGCAAACCUUCUGUGGUCACUCUGCUAUUUAGAGAUGUCAAUACUUUAUCUUAGAGUUACUGAUAAGUUUAUCUUUAGCGUCAUUUCUAGACAUUUUAUACAGCUUGUCCAUAUUAUUUUCUUUGUUCAAGAGCUUGGCAUGUCCCGGUAUUGUUAAA